AUGGAGUUCAUCCUUCUCGCUACUGAAUUUUCGAACUCCGCCACCGCCGAUACCACCCCACCGACCACCGCCAUGUUUACCACCGGCGAGAUUCUCCAACAAACAAACGCCUUCCUCACAGAAGCACUCUCACAACCAGACCUCCGUCGUCGUAUCUACUCCACCCUCCGGAACAAACUCUCUCCUUCUGUCCAACUCAACAUCAAACACCUAAACCUCGCCGCUGAAACGCUUGAAAACGCCAUUACCACCACCAACUCCUCCGUCAAGUCUUCUUCCCUCCGCCUCUCUGAAAAAGUUCUACUUUCAUACUCCGAAAACCCAUUUUCAUCCUUCCUUCUCUCUCUUAUCUACACUCUAUGCCAAUGCCCCAUCGAUGCCUCCCUUAGUCUCCUUGACUGUUUCCGAACUGACCCAUCAACAGCGAGAUCAGAAGUUGCUCCCCAAGUGUUCGAAGAAAUGUUUCUAAUAAAUUUUUUACCUGUUCUUGAGUGGUACAAUGAGCAAAGAUCACGUAUUUUAUCUUCUUUAUCUUCAAGUUCUGCAUAUGAUAGUGAUGACAAUUCAAUUGUCACGGAUUCGGUUGUAUCAUGCACCACUUUACUGUCGAAAAUGAACGGCAAUCAAGCCUCGGAAUUGAAGGAAUUAGAGAGAGAUUAUGAGCAAGUUCUUGAUGAAAAUUGCAGGGUUUUUGCUGGGUAUUUCGAAAAGAUAUUGGGAAAUAGAGAUGGGAACCGAGUAAUCGAUCCACCAUUGGUGGUGCUUGAAGCAGUUCACAUGGGUGAUACAUAUGAGCACAACCAAAAUGAGAAGAGCAUAUCAACCGAAUUUGGAUCAAAAAAUGGACGGUAUAAUCCAAUAUGGACUGAGGGAGAACAAUCUAUUGAAAUCCAAAUCAACAAAGCCAAAACUCUCUCCAAGUUUCCAUCUUUCUUGCCUGAAAGAGUCUCUCCUAGAGUUCUGACCAACCAGAGAUCAUCUUCAAGAACAUCUAAACCGUCACCAUAUAAAGACAGCGGUUCAGAACCCGAGUCUGUUCACGACGACGAUUCUUGCAGCACCUCAUCCAGUGACUCUGAUGCAGAAGUAAAGGAAAAGAAGACAGAAAUGGCAUUGGUGGACUCGAAGAAUAAUCAAUCUCAGAAACAGAAACAACCCAUUUUAAUAGAGUCGAGCUGCUGGGGUCUUCACAGAAACAACCUCUCUACUUUUGAGGUAGAAGUCAGUUCUCUUGAUCCUCUAAUGGAAGACUAUGAUAACCAGAUGAAUGAAGGAAGGCAUACACCACCUAAAGACUUUGUUUGCCCGAUAACAACCCAUAUAUUUAACGAUCCAGUUACUCUAGAAACUGGUCAGACUUACGAGCGUAAAGCGAUCCAACAAUGGUUAGAAAGAGGGAAUGCUACUUGCCCAAUAACCCGACAGAAGCUUCACAGCACUCAACUUCCUAAAACAAACUAUGUGCUUAAGAGGCUGAUUGCAAGCUGGAAAGAGUUAAGUCCCAGAAAUUCUGGUUUAUCACCUGAGAUUUCAUAUCUAGAAAACGAGCAUGUAUAUAUCCCUCAGUUGACUUCUCCCAACAGUGUGAUAAGCCAAGCAACUAUUGAUGGAACAGUUAACGAACUCAGACUUACCAUCACGAGUCUUUGUACUUCUGAGGUGUUGAAAGAGGCAGAAACGGCAGUUCUUAGAAUCGAAAGAUUCUGGCAAGAAACCAGUAUGGAAGUGGAAAUCCAAACUAUGCUCUCGCAACCUCCUGUUAUUAACGGGUUUGUGGAGAUUCUGUUCAGUUCUAUUGACACCCGAGUUUUAAUAGCCACUGUUUUCCUCCUAUCUGAGCUCGGAUCAAGAGACAGCAGCGUGAUCUCGACACUAACAAGGGUGGAUUCAGAUGUGGAAUGUGUCGUUGCACUUUUCAAGAAAGGUCUGUUUGAGGCUGUGGUUUUGAUCUACUUGCUUAGACCCUCUAUCGCUAGCCUUCUUCAGAUGGAUAUGGCGGAUUCCCUUUUGAGUGUCAUUAACAAGAGGGAGGAUGAGUUCUUUAAGAUGUGCAUCAAACCGAAAGCAGCUUCAGUGCUCUUAUUGGGACAGAUCGUUGCAAGUGGUGAUGACGAUGCGAUUUUUGAAGUCAUUAGAAGGGUAAUCUCAGGGAAGGUGAUCGAAUGUAUUAUCAACAGUUUGGAAUCAGAGUGGACCGAAGAAAGAAUCACAGCGAUCUGUAUACUAUUGAGAUGCAUGCAGGAAGAUGGAAAGUGCAGGAACAUUGUUGCCGAUAAGGCUGAACUUGCUCCGGUUUUAGAAAGCUUUGUUGGGUCGAAUGAUAAAGAUCGGUUUGAGAUCGUUCAAUUUCUUUCCGAGUUGGUUAAACUAAACAGGAGAACAUUCAACAACCAAAUCCUGCAUAUCAUAAAGGAUGAAGGCAGUUUUAGUACAAUGCAUACACUCCUCAUAUAUCUACAAACAGCUGCAGCCGAUCAAUUGCCUGUUGUUGCCGGCCUCCUUCUCCAACUAGACCUUCUGGCAGAACCAAGAAAAAUGAGUAUUUAUAGAGAAGAAGCGAUUGAUACUCUUAUAUCAUGUCUAAAGAAUUCAGACUCCCCAUCUGCUCAAAUUGCAGCUGCUGAGACUAUUUUGUCCCUCCAAGGGCGAUUCUCUUCUUCUGGGAAACCUCUUGUUCAGGCGUAUCUUCUUAAACAUGCUGGACUUGAUAAAACUUAUCGAUCUACAAUGCGAAGAGAACAACUUUCAGCCAUUUCUGGAGAGGUUCAAGAAACUAUGGAAGAAGAGAAAGCUGCCGAGGAAUGGGAAAGAAAGAUGGCUUUUGUUUUAGUGAGCCAUGAAUUUGGUCUUAUUUUUGAGGCUUUAUCAGAAGGAUUAAAGAGUAGAUACGCAGAAAUAUAUUCGGCAUGCUUUGUGUCUGCGACAUGGCUUGUACACAUGCUCAGAAUUCUUCCUGACAUGGGAAUUCAAGGAGCAGCACGAAUUUGCUUGCUUAAUCGCUUUGUGUCGAUCUUCAAGUCUGCAAAAGACACAGAAGAUAAGGCUCUUUCCAUGCUUGCUCUUAGCAGUUUCAUCCAUGAUCCUGUUAUUACAUCUAAUCUCUGCUGGAUUUCAGAUGGGCUUCGGGAUAUAACCACCCACAUGAAAGAGAUCUUGAAGGGUCUGAGGGAAUUCAAAAAGUUGUCUAAUGUGGCAUUCGAAAUGCUUAAAGUCUUUUCAGAAGGGAGUGAAUCUAGCGCUGAUCUAUGGAAUCAUAAAGAACUAACCCAACAAGAUUGUAGCAUGAAUGGUGAAGUUCUAUCAAUAGUAUGUUACAAAGACAAAGUCUUUUCAGGCCAUUCAGAUGGUACAAUAAAGGUGUGGACCAGUAGAGCUAGUGUUCUAUAUCUUAUCCAAGAAAUCCGAGAACACUCGAAGGCAGUCACUAGCUUGACUGUUCUACAGUCUGGGGAUACAUUAUAUAGCGGUUCACAUGAUAAAACUGUCAGGGCCUGGUCUAUUAAGGAAACACUUCAAUGUGAACAAGUGUAUGAUGUCAAAGAUCAUGUUAACAAUCUGCUAGUUGCAAAUAGCAUCUCAUGCUUUAUACCUCAAGGCGCUGGAAUCAAGAUACAUUCAUGGAGUGGAACAUCAAAACUACUGAAUCCAAGUAAAUACGUCAAGUGUUUGGCUCUUGUUCAGGGAAGAUUAUAUUCGGGAUGCCAGGAUAAUAGCAUUCAGGAAAUCGACUUGGCAACCGGCACAUUGAUUUCCAUCCAAAAUGGCUCAAGAAAACUACUGGCUAAAGCGAAUCCGGUCCAUGCCUUGAAAGUUCAUGAUGGACUCAUAUACUCUGUCGGUUCUUCUUUAGAAGGAACUGCAUUAAAGAUAUGGAAUGCUUCAAACUACACUUUAAACCAAUCGGUGUCUUUGGGGAGCGAAGUGCGCACGAUGGUCAUUAGUUCCGAUAUGAUUUAUAUGGGUUGCAAAGGAGGGGUUGUGGAAGUAUGGUGUAGGAAGAAACUCACUAGAAAAGAAACCCUACAAACUGGUACAAAUUGUAAAGUUGUUUGCAUGGCUCUAGAUAGCAAGGAAGAUGUCUUGGUGAUUGGAACCUCUGAUGGAAGAGUUCAGGCAUGGGGAGUGAGUUAAAGAUCUCGGUGUAGAUUAUGGACAAUAGGAACGAUAAAACGAAGGCAUAUUUGACUGAAAUACAUUUUUAAAGGUUUUCAGGGUCGAGGUUUGUUCAAAGAAGGUGAUAUAAUUUAUACAUGUAUAGUUUCUAAUUAUUUGUAAUACAACUUAGCGUAAACGUACGGUUUGUCUAUUCAAGAUGAUAUGAGGUUCUGAGUUUGAAUAUAUUCUUUUGUAAAUUUCCAGUAUUAUAUCAAUAAAGAGUCUCCCUUCGGUAUCU